AUGUUACAAACAGAUUUGAGCAGACCUGUGAGAGAGAAGGAUGGAGAAGCGGCGACGGGGGUCGGUGACGGUCCGACUAUGGGUAAGGAAUUCCAUGGUGAUGGCGGAGCAGAUGGUGCCCCGUGUGUGGGAUCAGGAAGAAAAGAGGGUGGAGAGGAGAGAAACUCGGUUGCUGCCAGUGAAGGCAAGGCCGACGAUAGAAGCUUGGUUUCGCACGCAUGUGAAAGAAAGGGAGAGUAUGCGUUGGUUUCUUUUGGGAGGGUUGUGGAAAUGGAGUUCACUAGGGAAGAAAAGAGAGAAAGAACGGUGAAAGAAUGGAGAUAUAGAGAUAGGGGUGAGCAUUUGGACCUGUGGACCGGACCAGACCGGUUCGACCAAACUGAGAAUCGAGCAUACCUUCUGAUAGAUCGCCAGGGGUGGAGCCGGUUUCCUUGCGGAAAGAACACAAACACAAACACAACAAAAUCUAAUCUUGCAUCACUUCCGGCGAACGCUGCUGCGUGGCAGUUUUCUUCAACUCCUUUUAGCGUUUCAAAAAUUCACCCACACUCGCGCACGCACAGUCUGUAUCAAGAUCUGCGACGGCGAUGUGGCAGACAGCUAGGGUUUCUUCUUGAGGAAACUUUCGAAACUACAUACAUAUACAUAUUCAAGUAA